AUGGCCUCUCACACUGCUUGCCCCAGCUUGCGCUGGAAGUCUCGUGCCCGCUUCUCGCCUCUGCCAUGGUUGCCGACUUCGGUCCGCUGUAUCUCGAUUCAAUCCCGUCUCACCUCAGACGCUCCUUUUUACAAAUCUACCCAAGCCAGCGGCUCGACAUCCCAACUAUUAUACAAUGUCUCCUCUGGAAUCCCAUCAUCAGCCCCAUUCUCAACAUCCUCGCACCUCUCCGAAGCGGACUGGGAUCAUAACCCGAACUUGUCCAUCUCCAACUUUUCAGAACUUCCAUCCAAGGACUUUGGUGUCAAUCAACACAUGAUCAUAAACCAGGAAUUCAAAGAGGCUCUACGGCAGAUACUUUGGCAAUUUAGAGCUCCCAUCCGAUAUGCGUUUGCGUACGGUUCCGGUGUGUUUACACAGACUGGCGCAGCCGCCGUGGGAUCAACUCAUCCAUCGGCACCGGCCGCCAUUCAGAAAAUGCAACAAGGAUCAGGGAAGAUGAUUGACUUUAUCUUUGGAGUGUCGUAUUCACAACACUGGCAUGAUCUGAAUCUCCACCAGCACCGCGAUCAUUACUCGGGCCUGGGCUCUCUGGGAUCAUACGUGGUUUCACAGGUACAGGAUCAAUUUGGUGCCGGUGUAUAUUUCAACACUCACAUCACCGUGAAUGGGACCCUAAUCAAGUAUGGUGUGGUCAAUCUUGAUACAUUGUGCACCGAUCUCACGCAAUGGAAUACUCUGUAUCUUGCCGGCCGCUUGCACAAGCCGGUGAAGAUUCUACGUGAUCACCCGAAGGUGCGAUUGGCAAACCAGAUGAACUUGCUCUCUGCUUUGCGAGUGGCACUACUGCUACUCCCCGAGCGGUUUAGCGAAUUUGAGCUGUACAGCACCAUUGCAGGCAUCAGCUACAUGGGCGACCUGCGCAUGGUGCUCCCGACGGAAGACCCCGGCAAGGUGCGCAAUAUUGUGUCUGGACAGAUGGCCCACUUCCGACGCCUUUAUGCUCCGCUCAUUAGCAACCUCCCCAACGUCACAUUCCAAGAUCCGCGAUGCAGUCAGGAUGAUUGGAUUGAUGAUCCGGAUUCCAUCUUGGCUAUGGUGCAAGACAUGGACCCCGUUAAGCGCGGAAACAUGGUUCGCCGUCUUCCAGAGUCUUUCAGACAGAAACUCUACUUCCAGUACCAGUCCCGAUUUGCCAUUCCAAGGGCCGAGUUCAACAAGAUGAUGGAGGAAAAUGACGAUACGAAGCAAGAGAUUGUUCGGCGACCACAGGGCGGUCCCUUUGAACGCCGCAUCGCAGACGAUGUUAACCUUCAAAAGGAAGUUUCGGCGUCUAUUUCAAAGACCAUCCGCUGGCCCAGCACCGUUCAAACCAUCAAAGGCACCCUGACUGCCGGUGUCGGCAAGAGCUUGACCUACUUGAAGGAAAAGCGGGAGAAGCACAAAAAGGCGCAGUCUCAGAAAGCUCUAUUGACCGAGAAGACGUCAAAGUCUGAGAAGACUGAAACGGUCGAGAAGGCCGAGCAGAAGAAAGAUUAA